AUGGCUGGUGUCGCAAAAUUAUUUGAUGGACAUAUUCGUGAUAAAUCAAAUAAAGAAGUUGAUUUUAGCAAUAAGAAAUAUAAAGGAAAAAUAAUUGGUCUUUAUUUUAGUGCUCAUCGGUGUCCACCAUGCCGUGCUUUUACUCCACUAUUAAGUGAUCUUUAUAAUGAAUAUCAUAAAGAAAAAAAAUUCAGAAUUAUUUUUAUAAGUUGUGAUAAUGAUGAAAGAACAUUUAGUGAUUACUAUAAGAAUAUGCCUUGGCUAGCAUUAGAAUACAAAGAACGAAAGAAAAACGAAGAACUAUUAAAAAAAUUUAAUGUUACUGGAAUUCCAAAAUUAAUUUUACUUGAUGGUGAUUCCGGAAAAAUUAUUUGCACUAAUGCUGUAGAACAAAUUUUGUAUCUGGAUACUGAAGGAAAACAUUUUCCAUGGAAAUCACCAAUAUAG